CAGUGUCGUUUAGACGUGACAUCAGUGCACUUGGUAUUCUCAUAUUAUUAAUUAAUUUUUUAACAACAGACAUUAUUUAUUUAUCAAAUUAUAUUAUUAUUAUUUCUAUUAAGUUAUUAUUAAUCAAAUUUUCCACAAUCGACAUUGACAACAAUUAGAUACAUGAAAAACAAAACACAAAAAAAAUAUAUCAACAAUCACAAUUGACGCAGUUUAGAAAUCGUAAUGGCGGACAAGUGUUAAAAAAUAAUAUUAAACAAUAUUAUUUAUUGACAAAUUUAUUGUUCAAUAAAUAUUAUAUUAAAAUCGAAAUUAUAUUUAUUAUAUUUCUUCAAGUAUCAAAAGAAUAUUCAAGUUGUAAUUUGUAUUAAAAAAUAUAUCAAGAUGAGUGACCUGAUGGAUGAGGGUCUUAUGACAAACCAGGCAGUUCAAGAAAAAUGUGGUAUUUGGGUAAAAUCACAAGGUCAACUUUGUGGUGUACCACCAAGUACACCAGUAAAAGCUGAAUUUAAUAAUAUAAAUAAUUACGAAUCAGAUGAAUUUAUUGAUACUGAUUCAGAAUUUGAUUCAGUAUCUGAAUGUGGUGCUAAAAAGAGACGUAUUAUAAGACAACGAAAAUUCGAAAAACUUAACCUGAUAUGUGAAUGGAAAGAUUGUAUAUUUAGUACUGAAUCAAUUGAUAAAUUUGUUGAUCAUGUUGCAAAACAUAUGCCAGAAUUACCAAUUAAAAUAUCAGAAGAUGGAUCAGAAUAUUAUGUAUGUGCUUGGAAAAAUUGUAACUAUGAAAAUUCUAAAAAUGAUGAAAUAAUAAGACAUGUUAAUUAUCAUUCAUAUCAUACUAAAUUAAAAUGUCAUGGUGCUGUUGCUAGAGGCACAGUUAAAUUACCAAAAUGUAAACGUCAACCUGUAGGAUUAAGUAUAUUUGAUGUUACAAAACCUCAAGUUUGUUUGUGGAAUGAUUGUCUAGCUGUUUAUAAUAAUUAUCAAUUUUUUGUAAACCAUGUUAGACAACAUAUUGAGAGUGAAAAUCCACAUGGUAAUCAUGUUAAAGAUGGUGUAAAAUGUCAAUGGGAUUAUUGUCAAUCAAAAUGUCAAAGUAUAUAUAAAUUGAGUGAUCAUAUGAGAUGCCAUACUAAAGAAAAAGUUAUUGCUUGUCCAGAAUGUGGUUCAAUAUUUGCUUCAAAUACAAAAUUUCAUGAUCAUUGUCGUCGACAAAUUUCCAUUGAAGUUCAAGGUUUUCAAUGUUCGUAUUGUUUAAAAUUUUAUCCAACUGAAAAAUUUCUACGUGAACAUGUAAAGUUCCAUGUGUUUAAAUAUAAAUGUAAUAAAUGUGAAAUGAGCUGUGAAUCAAAAGCAAGUCUUGUUAAACAUAUUGCAUAUAGACAUUUAUCAGUACGUCCAUUUCCUUGUCAAUUUUGUUCUCAUGGAGCUAAAUCACAACAAGAUCUUGACUCUCACAUGACUGUUCAUACAAAAGGACCAAAUUUUUCUUGUGUAUUUGAUAAUUGUACGUAUACAUGUAAAACAGCAUACACAUUUGAUAGACAUAUUGAACGUUUUCAUUGUGCUGAAGAAAGAUGGUAUUGUUGUCAUGAAUGUCCAAGUAAAUAUCGUAGAGGAUCUACUUUAACAAAACAUCUUAUAUCUGAGCAUCAGCUACAAUGGCCAAUUGGACAUAAAAGAUUUAUUUAUAUGAGAAGUGAUGAUGGUUUUUAUCGUUUACAAAAAGUACGAUAUGAAUGUAUUGAAGAAAAUAAUGAAAUAUCUGGACUACCAGAAAAUCCAGAUGAACCAAAAAAAGAAUAUACAAUUAAAAUGGAUAAAUCAUCAACAAAUUAUAAUAUUGAAGUUGUUGAGGAUACAUCUAAAAAUAAUGAUCCUAAAGAUGAUCCACUUUAUAUAGAUCCUGAACAACAAGCUGAAUUUGAUAGACAUGAUACAACUAAGUGUGAUGAUGAUAGAAAUAAUAAUUGUGAUGAUAAUUAUGAUGAACCAAGAUCUAUGCCUGUUAUUUCGAAUAUUGUUAUUUCGAUUGAUCAAAUGGAUGCUGAUGGAAAUAUUAUUGACAGUAAAAUUAUCGAAACACAAGAAACAAAUGAACUUCCAACAUCUGAACAACCAUUUUUUAUUUUAACAUAAUUUUUAUUUAUUUUUCAAAUUUAUUUAUGUUAAUAGAAAUAGUUUAACAUAUUUUUUUUCGACAAAAAAAAAAAACAACUAAAUAAAUCAUUAAAAAUUAAAAAAAAAUGUAUUUUGGUAUUUUUUUUUUUUUAUUUUAUCAUAUUUUAUAAUACUCGUUGAUUAUUUUUAUUUAUUAAAAAAUUAAAAACUUAAAAAAAUCACUUAUUUUUAAAUUAAUUAUAAAAGAAAUUUUAAUUUUUGUAAAUAUUGCAUUUUUACAAUAAAAAAAAGAAAAAAAUUGAUCAAUCAGAUAAGUCACUUUAUUGCACGAU